CCCAAUGCGACAGGAGAGCAGAAAACCAAACCCACACAGAACACGGUCAGAGAGCUCAGAGGACUCGGACUGUCCCCCGAUCUGAUCAUGUGCCGCUGCGCCACGGCUCUGGAGAACUCGGUGAAAGACAAGAUCUCCAUGUUCUGUCACGUAGAACCUGAGCAGGUGAUCUGUGUGCACGACGUCUCCUCCAUCUACAAAGUCCCUCUGCUGUUGGAGCAGCAGGGCGUCUGUGGCUUUCUGACCCGGAGACUCAACAUGCCGAUGGAGACCCGGCCGCGACGCAUGCUCACCAAGUGGAAAGAGAUGUCCGACAGGUGA